CUCAUUCUUCGAAUACCCCGGACGAUGUUCUUUUCUUCACCUCCGCUCGAUCUUCGCCUAUCUUCUGUCUUUCCCCCAGCCGACUGAACCCAUCAACAUCCCAAAUCAACUACCAACAAGUACACCUGCUCCCAACAGAACUCAACCCCCAAAACAAGAAUGCCGCAAGCCCAACCCGAAACCCUCCUGCGGGUGGGAAUCCUCACCGCAGACGAAGGCGCCAAAGCCAUCCAAACCAUCUACCUCCCAGCCCUACAUGCCCUCCCGGACUUAUUCCAAGUGAUAUCCAUCUACGAUGGAUCCAAGCAGCCCUGUUCCUACGAGAACAACCAAACCAACAGCGUCUGCAACGAAAACACCAAACUCAACGGCCAUGCCAACCACACCAACGGCACCACCAUGCCCCGAUCCCCAACCUCCCACUCCAUCCUCACCGAUCCAACCAUCACCCUAAUCCUCAACUUCAUGCCCAAUGAAUACCACGAAACCUACACCAUCGCCGCCCUCGCCGCCGGCAAACACGUCAUGGUCGAAACCCCACUGAGCCUGAGCAUCCCCAGCGCAAAACGCAUCCUCGAAGCGGAGAGAAGCUCCCCCAACGGCUCGAAAGUCUUCGUGGCCUGCGCUCGUCGCUACGCACCCAGCAUCCAAUCCGUCUUUCUUCGGGAAGUAGCCUCCCUGGAUCGGAUUUACUACGCCCGGUGUAGGAAUAUCGCCGGCCCGAGUACCGCUCAUACGGCUACUGCGCCGAGGAAGAAGGUGUGGAAAGAGGUGCAGUAUCCUGCUUUUUCGAUGAAUAAGGGAGAGGGUGGGAAGAAGGAGGAGAGGCCUGAGCUAUUGCGCUCCCUUCUUAAUGAAGUUUUCCUUGGUCAGGACUUGAGCAAGGAGCGUAUCGCGAUGUGUGAAUUCCUCGCCUCGUUGGGAUGUCAUGAUUUAGCUCUCAUGCGGGAUACAUUGGGGUAUCCGGACGCGGUGUCGAGUAUUUCGGUCAACGAACCGUACUACUCCGCUGUAUUCCAUUACUAUAGUGGUGGUCGAGACGCACAUCCGUUCACGUUGAUGUAUGAGACGGGUACGGAUGCGGUGCCGAGGUGUGAUGCCCAUCUUGCGAUCUACGGGGAUACCAAGACGGUGAGUGUGCAUUACGGACUACCGUAUGGAAGAAAGCAGGGGGUGAGGGUUGUGGUGGAGACGGCAGAUGAGAAUGGGGAGAUGAAGAAGACCGAGACGGUGAGUGGCUGGGAGGAGAGCUAUGCGGAGGAGUUGAAGACGUUGCAUAAGUAUUUGACUACGGAGGGGAAGGUGCAGGUGAGAACGACGGCGCGGGAUGCCAUGCAGGAUCUGAAGCUGUUUCAGACCAUCUUUGAGCAGUAUGAUCGGCAGUGUGGGACUAUUCGGACUCCGUUGGGUUAGGUGAUUCACGGUGGUUCUUCGCUGGGAUGGUUGCUUAUGGAGUUAUGGCUGGCUUUAUUGCUAUUUUCAUGAUCGGAGGGUAAUGGAACAGGACAGCACAGCACAGCACAGGGCCAGUUAGGUGACGGUCUCAUCAGUUAUUAUUUAUGACCAGAUUGCUUCCAAGGAGGCCGUUCAUUCAUCGCAUCAGAUUAGCCCGACAUUGAAUGAAAUUUCUACAUGC